AUGAACGCUACAGAACGUCUUCGUUCUCGUGCAUUCGAGGCACGAGCAAACGGGGAAUACGACAGAGCCAUCAAGUUUUACACCAGUUUAUCCACUGCAAGGCCUAGUGAAAUUGAGGCAAAAUUUCACCUAGCCGUGUGCUUAGAGCGAACAGGUCAAUUCGCACCAGCACUAGCAGCUUACAGGCAAGUGCAGAAACUUUCCGGUGGACAACACGCAUUUGCGUACUAUAAUAUGGGUAAUUUGUGUAUGCGAAUCGAUAAAGUAUCCCAAGCUAUCGACUAUUUCUCACGCGCGAUUGCUGCUAGUAAACGUAAAGGAGGGUCUCAGAGCUCCUCUGGAUCGAGUGUUGGGCCAACCCCAAGUGUUUUUUAUCGCCAGCGAGCCGCAGCGUAUCGCAAAAAUGGGGAUUUCGAAAAAGCAGCACAAGAUUACGAUCUUGUUCAGAAGUAUACAGGAGUGUCCUCUACAACCUUGACAGAUGAAAGCGCCAUCUAUACUGCCGAGCAUCUGUACCAGACCGUCAAACACUCAACUUCUCCUAAGAAAACAAUUUUUCAAGAAACUGUAAGUGAUGAAGAUGUUAUACCGAAGGAACUGGAGCUCGACUCAGACCUUAAUCAAGAAAUGAACGAGCCUCAAAGCGAAGUUGAUGAUACUGAAGACGCACUGACAGCUUGGACGCUCCAACGUAGUAUGGAAAUUGCUCGGCUUCCACCUACUGAAAGAAGUGAGAGUGAUCUUCAGUAUCUUGUGGACUUUAUGCAGAAGAGAUUUUCAGUUUGUGCAGCACUAAAUCCUGAAGUUUGCAGACUUUUAUGUCGUGAGCUUGUGUUGAGUCCCGAAGGAGCUCUUCCACCACGAACGCCGAUCUUUAUGGAGCAGGAUGAAGACAAUGAAGCUCCUCGAGAUAACUCGCUUUAUUUUAUUUUUCAAGGCAGAAUAACUAUCUCCAAGACUGCUGGGAGGCUGUUCCAGUCAUCACCCAAGCAUCCAGAACGUUCGGAAGUGUUUUUUGAAGCGCAGGACGAACUGGAUAAAAACGAACGAUGUGAGCCUGAAAACAAUUGGGAAUCUCCAUGGAGUACAUGUAAUACAACCGUGAGCAAUGACUGGAAGCAAUCGCAAUUAGAGCUCUGUGAACUUGAACGUGGAGACGUUUUCGGUCACCAAGGACAGUUUACACACUCUUCACGAGCGUAUUCAGCCGUAACGAUGACUUCGUGUGUGAUCGGGGCUCUUUCGUGGCAUCAAUGGAGUCGAAUUGAUCGUUCACAACACGAAAUUGAGCGAGAACGCGCAGCUCGAUUCCUCUCCAUGGCCCCAGCUUUCCAUAAUAUUCCUGCAACAGACAUCUGCGAUCUCGCGUACCGGGCGACAUUUGUCAAGGUCGUCGGCUCUAAAGCUGUAUGUUGCGAAGGACAGUCUGUAAACGGUUUGAUAUUGGUUCGAGAGGGAGAACUCUGUCAGUUUUCACCCUGUGGAUUGCGAUCUCCGCCUGACUUGUCCGUAUCAUUCGCUCUAAGUGGUCGUCUAUCCGAACCACAAAGUGCUCGGGCAUUUUUCGCUCAACUAGAGACUGCAGAAGAUCCACUGGGAUUCUUGCGCAUCAAUGACGCGUAUCAUGGAUUUCUUCCUCAAAAUUACGUGAAGACAAAGCAACAGGAGCUGCUACGACUCGCUACAACGCGAUCAAAAUCUACCAAUGUCAGACGAACGAGCGUCGCGAUCAACUGUAUGGGAACAGGAAAAGGGACUUCGACAUCCGAACCUGUGGCUCUGGCCUUACGACGAGGGGAAUGCUUUUGUGCAUCAUCUUCCUGGGUCCCACCACGUCAGUCUCGACAGGAAAGGCAGCAAAUUCGUGGGAUAUCGUGUGCAAAAGCAGCAUUGGUCUCGGUCUCUACAGCAGAGCUCCUGUUCUUAUCAGCUACCGAUAUUAUGCAGGGGUUAUCCGCUGAGAGCCGCUCGCAAUUACAUCGUAAUUUACAGGACAUUGCUUUAAUGAACAAGCGGAAGUACAAGACGGACUUGUCACUAGCAUCACGUUCACGCGGCCCACCCGGUGGGAGACGGAGCUCUAAUUUGCUCGAGCAAUUGGUACGCGAUGCACACUGGAGAAAAUUCAAAGAGGAACUCGUGGAGAGUGUGCUUCGCGGCCGUACCUGA